UAAACAAUUCAAGAGCUCCCUAGAAUGUUUGUAUAGUGAGUCACAAAUUAAGAUAGGUCAUAAGUUAGGCCAUACGUCACACAUACUAACUAAUGUAAGGAACGUACCACAGUAAGUGUGUUUUGUAUACAUUUACAAAAUAUUUUUAAAAAUUAAAAUAUGUUUGAGUGAGGUGCAAAGAGCAAGGUUAAUUUCAGUCAGCCCAUUCCCAUUCCAGUUCCAAACAUAGCUAUUAGCAAGAGCAAGUAGCUGUUUGCUCUGUUAUCUUGCGUUGGACGUUUAUAAGCCUAAUUAUAUUUUUCUAAAAUUAGAUACUUCUAGAGUGACUAAAAAUUUUUAAUACAGAAUGUCCUCAAUAACAAAUCACCCCGAUGAAAUAGUUCAUCAUUUGGGGAAUACUUUUCAAAGUGGUAAAACAAAACCUAUAGAGUAUAGGAUUAAACAAUUAAAAUCCUUACAAAAAAUGUUGGAAGAAAACAGAGAAGAAAUUAUUAAAGCACUAUUUGAAGAUUUACAUAAAAGUAAAUUUGAAAGUAUUUUGACUGAAAUAAAUUUUGUUCUUCAUGAAAUAAAAUAUAUACUGGCCAAUAUAUAUGACUGGGUGAAACCUGAAAAACCACCUAAGGAAUUUGCAAACAUAUUAGAUGAUGUGUAUAUUUUACAUGAACCUUUUGGAGUGGCUUUAGUAAUAGGUGCUUGGAAUUAUCCGCUGCAGUUAACAUUAGGUCCUGUUUGUGGAGCAAUAUCAGCAGGUAACUGCGUAGUAAUAAAACCAUCAGAGGUAGCUCCGGCUAUUGCAAAAUUCUUUGCUGAUAAGAUUCCACAGUAUUUGGACGAAGAUGCGUACCAAGUUUAUUUAGGAGGGAUUCCUGAAACUACUGAAUUACUAAAGCAAAAAUUUGAUUACAUUUUUUAUACUGGUUCAACUGUUGUGGGCAAAAUUAUUCAAGCUGCUGCUAGCAAACACCUUACACCUACUACACUAGAACUUGGAGGUAAGAGUCCUGUUUAUUUGGACAAGAGUGCCAAUAUUGAAAUAGCUGCAAGGAGGAUCAUUUGGGGGAAAUUCAUAAAUGCAGGCCAAACCUGUGUUGCUCCUGAUUAUUUACUGUGUUCUAAAGAAGUGCAGGAGAAAUUCGUACUCAGCAGCAAGAGAAUCCUCAGAGAAUUUUAUGGGAAGGAUCCAAAAACAUCUCCAGACUAUGGCAGAAUUGUAAAUGAUAGGCAAUUUCAGAGGCUGACUAAUUUACUAAAAACUAGCGAUAUCGUAGUUGGCGGCGAUACUGAUUCAUCAGAAAGGUACAUUGCUCCUACCAUAGUGACAAACGUAAAACCUAGCGAUCCUGUGAUGCAGGAAGAAAUUUUUGGGCCUAUAUUUCCCAUAAUUAAUGUGGACAAUGCCUAUGAAGCUAUCAGCUACAUAUGUAACAACGAAAAACCUCUGGCCUUAUACAUUUUUUCAAAUAGAAAGGCAGAUGUCAGAGAAAUUCUGGAAAACACAUCGGCAGGGGGCGUUACAGUUAAUGAUACUGUCAUGCAUUUGACCGUACCAACUUUGCCAUUUGGGGGUGUGGGAAGCAGUGGGAUGGGUGCAUAUCACGGUAAAUAUAGCUACGACACCUUUACACAUAAGAAAAGUGUACUGCAUAAAGAUUUGAGCUUUCUAGGAGAGAAACUUUCAAAUGCUAGAUAUCCACCUUUAACUUCAGGCAAAUUGUCUUAUUUACAAUUCAUGUUAUCGCCAGGAUUGACAUUUUCUUUUAAAUAUGUUUCUCACCUGGCUACAUUUCUUUUAGGGAUAGGGGCCGUAUAUGGGUUCCAAUACUUGUAUAAGUUGAACAGUAAAGCGAAUAACUAGUUAUACUAGUUUCAGAAGUUAGUAUUUCUAUAUAAUGCGGUACAAAAGAAAAUUUUAUCAAUUAUGCUUUUUAUACAAUUUUAAUGCAGUGCUUUACUCUAUAUACUUAAAUAAUUGCAAAAUGAUAACGGUACUGUUGAAUAAUUACAUGUUUAUUAUUAUGUAGAUUGAUAAACAGAACAUAACUUUUAAAAUGCACAAAUAUUUUCUGCGUUUUGUUUGUUUAUUCAUAAUUUACGUCACAAACACUAAAAGUAAAAUAAAAGCAUCAUUUAACUAUUUUAUUGAGAUAUAUGUUAUCUUUACAAUUUUUUUAUUUGUAAGCAAUAUAAAAGUACAAAAAUAGUGCACUUUUGUAUAAGCAGAAUUCUUAUAGCUGUUUUACAUUGACAAUUUAUUGAUCAAUUAAUUCAUGAAGUCGCUUCAUCAAGAAAUUGGACAAGUGUAAU